GCAAAGUAACCAAUGCGGGUCGGUGGGCGUGGGCAGGGGCGCCGCGAGAGGCUGGUUGUACGCGCUGAGGAGCCGUUACCCUCUUGCUGCCCAGGGCCUGCUGGCGCUGCCGACAGAUAUUUUAUAAAAUGUCUAAUGGUUAUGAAGAUCACAUGGCUGAAGAUUGCAGGGAUGAUAUUGGUAGAACAAAUUUAAUUGUGAACUACCUCCCUCAAAACAUGACGCAGGAUGAGUUACGGAGUCUAUUUAGCAGUAUUGGCGAAGUUGAAUCUGCUAAACUUAUUCGGGACAAAGUUGCAGGACACAGCUUAGGUUAUGGUUUUGUGAACUACGUGAGUGCUAAAGAUGCUGAAAGAGCAAUAAACACGUUGAAUGGCCUGAGACUUCAGUCAAAAACAAUUAAGGUGUCAUAUGCUCGUCCAAGUUCUGAAGUUAUUAAAGAUGCUAACUUGUAUAUUAGUGGACUACCAAGGACAAUGACGCAAAAAGAUGUAGAAGAUAUGUUUUCACGGUUUGGCCGCAUCAUCAACUCACGCGUACUUGUGGAUCAAACAACAGGUUUGUCCAGAGGGGUCGCUUUUAUCCGCUUUGACAAAAGGUCAGAAGCAGAAGAGGCAAUUACAAGUUUCAAUGGUCACAAACCCCCAGGUUCCUCUGAACCCAUAACUGUGAAGUUUGCAGCCAAUCCUAACCAGAACAAAAAUGUGGCACUAUUAUCACAGCUAUAUCAUUCACCAGCUAGACGAUUUGGAGGGCCAGUUCAUCACCAAGCACAAAGAUUCAGGUUCUCUCCUAUGGGUGUAGAUCACAUGAGUGGGCUUUCUGGUGUAAAUGUUCCAGGAAACGCAUCUUCUGGCUGGUGUAUCUUCAUCUACAACCUUGGUCAAGAUGCUGAUGAGGGAAUCCUCUGGCAGAUGUUUGGUCCCUUUGGUGCGGUUACAAAUGUGAAAGUCAUUCGAGAUUUCAACACCAACAAGUGCAAAGGUUUUGGUUUUGUGACCAUGACAAACUAUGAAGAAGCUGCAAUGGCCAUAGCAAGUCUUAAUGGCUACCGCCUGGGGGACAAAAUCUUACAGGUUUCCUUCAAAACCAACAAGUCCCACAAAUAACUUGCUCGUGCUUUUUGUAUGGAAUAGAUAAUUGAGUGACAGAAGUUUAAAAACAUUUUUGUUAGUGUAAAACUCAUUUUGCGCCAAUUUUCACAAGUGUUUGUCUUAGUCUAAAUGAGAAGUGAAAAAGGUUUUUAUACUCUGGGAUGCAACUGACAUGUUCAAAUGUUUGAAAUCCCACACGUUAGACCAAUUUUAAGUUCCUUAAGUUAUUUCAUUAAAAAUAUAUAUUAAAAAAAACCCCAUAAACUCUUAAGUAGAUUGCAUUAAUUAGACCCUCUAGAUGGUGGUAAAAUUGACGCAUGCUUUCACUUAUGAGACUAACAUUUCUUCUGUUAAAUGUUGUCUACAAAAACUGGAACUUUUAAAAAAAAAUUUUUUUAAACUGUCAAGUGGAUGCUGUUAGUAUGGUUCUUCUCCCCAGCCCCCAGUUCUCUGAUGGGGGAGGAGGGAAAGUUGAGAAAUAUUGAUGUUUUAGUUAGCACUACUUUGCUUUAUAAAGUAAUUUUCAUUGCUACAUCUAGUUGAGGAUUAGACUUCAUAGCAUGAAGGUCUUAUAAGUAGUAGCAUGCCAGCAUAACUUUUAACACCAUUGAUGAGGUAAGUUGCACACUGAACUGUUGUCAAAUUAAAAGGUUUCAUAAAAAAAAAGCCCAGUUUUUCAUAGGAAUGGACCAAAGAGUUUCAGAGAAACUUGGAAGGUUUCAGAGUCAAAACGAAACUCCAAAAGCAGUAUGAAUAUGUUUCUACUUGAUCAAACUGAAUUUCUUCUGUCCAAAUAUUUAAUGCAUAGUGCACUACUUACUGGUACAUUGUAAUGCGGAAAGAUAAUUAUUCACUUUCAAAGAUCAUUAUAGUUGGAAUUCCUAAGGAUAGUUCCAUUUUGUAAAAACAGUUAUAAACAUUUGAGCAUUGUGUUUCUCGCAUCCCUUCUAACGAGUGUUAGAUUUUUCUAUUUUAAUAGGAUGUUGUUUUGACAACUAGCUUUCCUUAUUGAACACUCAGCAGAAAAGUACGUACUUCUUGCAAGUUAGAUAUUAACAAAAACUGAUUUGUAGAUUUAAAGAUUAGUCCCUAAGUUUUCUGCAGACUGCCUUGAAAAUUUGAGUUGUUCUGUUUCUGUUAAUUUUCUUUUGCUUUUUUGUGUUUUUUGUUUGUUUUUACUUUUGCAUUUGAGACCAUUAAAUUUGAUUUUGUUUUGCUCAAAUUUUGUUUUGUUUUUUAUUUUAUAUUUUUUUGCCAACUAUUGCACAUUGUCCAAUAUUAAGAGUAAUGCUUUAAAGUAUAUAGAUCAUUAAAAUUUAAAAUUUGUUAAUCUGUCUUUUUGACAGAUCUGUAGGAGAAAAUAUUUGUGUAAAAACAAAAGCAUUAUAAUAAAUCUGUUGCAUAGAAAGUAUGUGCCAGACACUGAGUGAAACACACGUAUAUUACUGUGUAGACAAAUGGAACAAUAUAUCUGUGUUGUCUUCAGAGUCUGGAGGAAAUGCAGAAAUUGGGAUGACUUGUCAGCAAUUAUCUUUUGAGUGAACCUUUACCAAUUCCAAGACGUAGUUACUUCAGAUUCUGGAGGCAGUUCUGUGCAGAACUUUUGUGUGAUGCCCAAACAUUUUAGGAUCCUGUCUUCCAUCGUUACUCUGAUUUCUCUUUUUUCAGCAUCAGGAGAUGGAGUCCUGUGUUGCCCCUAGAAUUCUAUGAUCUCCUUUUCCGUACUUCAUUUUUUGGUUCUUUACACUUUCUUCAGUGAGCUGUUGGCCUUUCCUUUAAUGUGCAGCAGGCACCUUUUGCGGUUGUUUACUACUUCAGUGGUUGGCUAUUUUGUGGUUGUACACAGCUUUUCUCUACUGGCUUCAGAAGGGCCCAGAAAAGAGCAGACCUCUUUUGUAGGUUCUCUGGCAAUACUAAAUGAGCUGCCCUAGCUCCAGUGCAGUGUAUUUAAGUGCUUUCUGCUGCCUAAUGUGCGCUGCCUUUCCUUUUUGCUGUUCCCAUGUAAUCCAUGCUCCAAGAAGUAUAGUCAGUAUCAGAUAGUUGUAGGAUAAUGUUCUCUAAAACCAGCAGCUGCCAUUAGGUAAAAGGUAGAGAUUUGGCCCUCUGUGAACUCUUCAUUGGGCUGGCUCCUAUUUCCACUGUUUCCAAACCAUCAUUCAUGCUUCCUUCCAGUGAGCCAUAUUUUCUUGUAUCCUGUAGCUAGUUUGGGGUAUUCAGCGGCCUUGCAGGGAUUGCUCUACCCAUAUCUCCCAUGUUAGAUCUGAGAUUCUUAUGUAAAGUCCUCUCAUCUGUCCUGUCAACAUUUUUACCAGCCCUUGACUCCUUCACUAGAGGUCAUCUAUAAAGAUCCUGGAGUCUUUCUUGUAGCUCCUUUCAUCUCAAGGCUCAUUAAGAAACAUUUUAGCAGAACAGGGCAGCUGCAGUAAAGGGUUUGGUAGAGAGCUGCACAGGCCAGUCUUUAAAAUGAGAUUAUGAUGCCUCUAUGAUAUUAAACCAUUCAAAUGGCUCUGGCCCAUGCAGUCAUAUCAAAAGCUUCAUUGAUGUGAGUUUGCCAAACCCUGCUCUUAAAGAGUAAAGGCAACUCUCUCCAUUAUCCUUGAAGACUUUGACAUAGCUCUCCAUUGUUGGCUGCUUCGUGCAAUAUACUGAUUUUUUUCUUACAUCUUUGCUCAGUAAGCAUGAGAUACAACUUCCUGGUUUCACACUUGGACUCUAUUUCUAGGACUCAUCUUAUCCAAGGUUCCUUAAACAGUUUUGUGGGGAAUGCUUAAUCUAUCAGCGAGGCCAUUCACCCACGCAAACUACAACUCAGCUAGCUAGGAGAAAAUUGGGGAGAAGAACAUUUGUUUAAUUCCUUAGGGGAUCAUAAUUAGCCAGACAGUAAGGCUACACAUUUCUCUUUCAGUUAUCCAGGUUUAGGAGCCACUUUAAGCUCAGUCUCUGGCUAGAUAUAAAGUCUUUUUUGUUGCUGUCCCUAAAAAUUCCAGUCUGACUGCACAGGUGGAGGCCUAUGUUCACUUUUUUUUAUAACUAACCAGAUGGGUAAUUCUGACCCAUACCAGGCCUGCUCUCUCUCAAUCCCUGUGUUUCCAUCCUGAAUUCUGCAGUCUUUAAUCUUAUUAGAAUUGAGUGUAAUCAAUUAUUUCUUCUGUUUGGUGUGUCUAUCAUUCAGCACGCUACACACUUCUCACUUUCUACCUGGAUCAUCAACACUUCCAGCAUUGUAGUUACAUGUUUUGUUCAUACACAAAUUCUUCAGGCCUUAAUUUUGUAUAAGAUAGUUGGAAAGGUGCCUCAGCAUAAUUUACUUUUUCUCCAGGUUCAGAUAUCACUCAGGAGGUGUAACGUAAAAAAUCCUUAUUGAAGGGAAAUUUGCUGUUAAAGUAAUGUUUCCAGGAUAAUUCUGUCAUCAGAAUUACAAGGUUUCAAAGGAUGGAGCUUGCACUUGUCACAAACUGUGUCAAGGUUCUUGUCCAACAAAGCUAAAGAAGAAUCUGACCAUCCUGGAAUCAAGGACAGUGGGUCUGGCGGGCAGAGGGUUUCCUUCAUUACAUCUCCUCACCAGCCAUUCUGAGAGAACAAAUUUGGCAGUUUAUAUAAUCUCGAAAAAUUAGUCAGUUUAAAAUUCAAAUUCACUUUUGUUCUAGGCAACCUGCAUACUAAAAGGAACUGGCAAGUGAGAACAUCAGUAACACAAACAUUUUCCAUGUGGGUCAACCCACAAAUGGAUCUGUUUGCUUCAUUUAAUAGUAUUCAGCUACUCCAUUUUCUCCCAAACACAGAGAUUCCUGGCUUUUGAAAGGUGGAUUCCUUUUCCUAUUGGUAAAUGCAGUUGUUAGCAUUUGCUCCUGCAAAUCUUUUGAUAGUUGGUCCUCCUUCAGAACUUUGGGCACUCAUCUCAGCUGAUAUUUCUUUCAUUCCCUCUAGGAUUUCUAUAAUCAGAGUUGAUGAGUAGUCUUAGUCUUCUGCAGAUGUGUCUGCUUCUCUUCAUGCCACUCUGCUCUCCAUCAUGAAAUUUAGGUUGGAUGGGAAUCUUUGCAUCCUUCCUUAUGUUUUCCUCUUCUUUCUAUUUGUAUUUGUCUGUCUUGCCAAGCAUCUCUUGUGGCUCUUGCAGCUCUUGCUCCAAUUAGGCUGUUACAGGACCAGAAUUUGGAUGCUAAACACGUUGUCUGCACAGGACUGCAUCCAGAAUUUGACAUGGGCAUUGCUGCUGGAGUUUCACUCUAAGAUGAGACCUUUUUAUAGGUAAGGCAAAAGUAUCCUAAUUAUAACCAUGAAAUGACGUCUGAAAUUCUAUGAAAAUGUUCUGGGCAUUAGCUAUUGUUACAGACAUUUUAAAUAUUAAAUAUUUUUAAUCUGGUAAAAUUCAAUGUUUUCAAAAGAAGUCAAAUUAAUUGGAAAAGUAUUCAGAAAUUGGUUUUUUCCAGUUUUUUACUUGUAUUAUAUUAAUAUAAGUAAUAUUUAUUAAACCUUCCAACAAUCCAUUUUCACUUACUUUGCAAGAUCCCAUAUGGAUGGAAUUCACCCUUGUGUAGGUGGUUAACAAAGCCUGUGUGCCACGUUAGCCUUCCAUAUAGACUUGUGUUGGCAUUUGCACAGGGAGAAUUUCACCUUUAAAAAAAAAAAAAAAAAAAAAGAAGCUAUGAUGUGCUUUUUUACUAGAUGCAAAGAUAAAUACAGCUCUUUCACAGGAGUUGGCAGCAACAAAAUAAUACAGAGAAUCAUGAAAGCUAUGAACUGAGAUGAAGUAAGCAACUUGUCAUAGUGUUUUUAGUCUGUUCCAAAUACAUUGAUCCCUUAAUUCUCCUAUUUGCAAACUGUUCCCAUGAUCUCUAGAGUAAGUAGAAGGGUAUUUUUAACCUUGAAGCUAUUAUAUUUAGGUUAAUUUAGAAUCCUGUGCCUCCACUUUAAUAUGAGGUCGAGGUGGGAGGGGGACAGAAUUAAGCCAAAACAGUCAUGCUGCCUCCUCCCCUAUAGUGUAUGUCAACCUCUCUUCUUCCAUUCUGUUGGUUUGGGACUGUGAAGUAUUUCAAGAUCAUGCUGUGGAUGGAAGGGGAAGAGCAGGAGGCAUCACUCACCAGGGCAGUAUCCCCCUCAGUGUUGUCUAAUUUUUUUUCUUUCCUCUUGGGUUUUUUUUUUCAGUACAUCUGCAUUAUGAUAGCAUCAGAAAACACACUAAUAAUAUUGAGGUAUUCAAGUCAUUGGAAUAGGUUAUGACUCUCACUGCAGUUAAAUGUAGGUGAUUAGUAUAUGGUCAUUUACUAUAUUGCAAAUGACCAAAUGGCGUUGAAUAUCUUUCCUCUUUUCCACAUUUGUUUUAUAGGAGUUUACAAAGUUGUAGCAAUGUUAUUUGUACAAAGCAGUUCAAAGUUUUCAAAUAAAUUACUGUAGCAAUUACUAUAGAGACAACUUUUAGCAAUUGAAAUAAGUCUCAACUAAAAUGUAGAUAUUUCCCGAAGUCCUAAAGUGGUUGAGAUUCUUCAGAAAUGUCAGAAAAGGGUCUCAGCUUCAGAAUAUUCUAAGCUGGAGUGAUUAAAGUUAAAUGUAUACAGUUUUAUAAUAAUAAAAUAUGUACUAAUUAAUUGUAUAAGGGUAUCCCCAAAAGUACUUGAUUAGUUCUAACACAUUUGCUUUUUGGAAUUAGGGCGGCAUAUAAUUACCUAUAACAUCUUAUGUAGUUUGUAGAAACUUUUAAAAAAUUCACAACUUUUUAAUGAAAUAUUGGUGAUGUCCUGGUUUUCCAUAAUUCUUAAAACACAGAGCACGCCCUUCACUUAGGACUUUGUCAUAAUACUACCUCUGAUAUAAGGUUACUGAAAUAUUACUUCCAAAAUGGGGAAGUAAGUUUGUAACAUUGUUGAGCAAGCACCUUAUUACACUGUUUCUAUUUUUUUUUUGGCUCCUAAUAAUUAGUUUUUGAGUGAAGGGACCACAUUCACGCUAAGCAUGAAUGGGCUCACCUCCAUUUAAGUCAGUGGAGUUGUAUUCAUUUAGUUAAGGACCCAAUUUAUCACUUUUGUACCACAGUUUCUUUAAUCUCUAUUUCAUGGCAGAAGAAUUUUCUGCUGUGCUAAAUGAAGGUUCCUUAAUAUUGUGUCUACACUUCUUGUUUAUGCUGGGAAACCUCAGCACUGUAAGAUUGAUAUUGAUCAGAAGGCUAAGCAUUGUAAUCUAUAGUAUAUGCUACUGGGUUUCUACUAUAUUAUGAAAAUACAUGGAUUUCAAAGAAAACACAAUGAUCCCGCUCCCCUUUUUAAAUUGAGAUUUUCAUGUAAUGCACAACUUAAUUUGUCCAAGGUAUAACCAAUGGAAUUGAAAAUUAAAGUUUAACGUCUCUAAAUUUCUUGUCUUAGUUCUAAUCAGGUACAGCUUUCUGUAGGCUUUUUAUAGCAUUCAUAUGUAGUAUUUAAUGAAAAGUUGGGUGUAUAUUUUCCCCUGUGCAUGGUAAAAACACAAUUGAUGUUAAAGCUUUUAUGAUCUCUAAGACAGAACACAAAGCACCGAGUGGCUUUGCCUUUAAAACCUAUUGUUGCUUUGUUCAAUCUUGCUGCAAUUCUUUGUUGUGUACUAUACUUGGUAAACAAUUUACCGGAACAAUUUUAACUAGAAAUAUUUUUCUGUUGAGUGGAAUUUUCGACACUUAAAUUCUUUUGUUGCUGUGAUGAUGGAAAUUCAGUAAUAGUGGAACAGCCACCUUGAAUUCUUGUGUUCACAUUUUAGAAACUUCAUUCUCAUAUUAAUUAUUGUUCCCUAUUUUUAAACUUUUAAACAACUUUUCAGUGAUAUAGCUAAACUUUUUCACUUGGUCAUUAAGAAGAAAAUUACUUGAGACAUUUGAAGCAUCAUAAGUUGGGAUAAACCUUUAUUUGACCAG